AUGAGCUCACCAUCAUACCGCCUUGGGGUAGACGUUGGGGGUACCUUCACCGAUCUGUUGCUGCUUCGAGAAGAUACUGGGGAGACAUUGCGAGCCAAGGUCCCUUCAACCCCCGAAGAUCAAUCUCUGGCCGUUAUACGAGGCAAAGGUCAGAUUCUGUCUAAGAUACCCAAUGGUGCGGAUACAGUUCUCCACGUGGUCAAUCACGGGACCACGGUGGCAACUAAUGUGAUACUGGAGCAGAAGGGUGCAAAAGUUGCGCUUGUUGUCACCGAGGGCUACAAAGAUAUCCUACAGACGCGGAGAUCCCAGGUUCCUGGCAAUUUGGCGAGCUGGAUCAUAUGGCCGAAGCCGGAGCCACUGGCUCCAUUAGAACUUACAGUUGAAGCGCCAGGAAGACUUGCUACCGACGGGACAGAAGUCCGCACUUUCGAUGAGGCGAUCUUUGAGAAGAAAUUUCGGCCUAUCGUGAAAGAAAAACCAGAUGCUGUGACAAUCAGUCUGAUCAAUUCUUUCGCAAAUCCGGCGCAUGAGCAAGCCGCUAAGCGUGUGGUAGCCAAGCUACUUCCAGACACCUCUAUCUCAAUCUCCUCGGAGGUCUUACCUGAGCUAAUGGAGUAUGAGCGCACGAUAACAACGGUUGUCAACUCCUAUGUCGAGCCGAGUGUCAGAAAUUAUCUUAGCAAUCUUCUCCUGUCUUUAGAGGGAAAAGCCAAACAUCUUCGCAUUCUACGAUCUGAUGGGGGUCUAUCUUCGGUCAGUCUCGCAAGUCGAUUCCCCGUCACCUGGGUCCUGUCUGGUCCGGCUGGAGGCGUGUCUGGCGUAGUCUCGGUCGUCGCAGAUCAGACUAGAUUCAAGAAUCUGAUCACCUUGGACAUGGGUGGUACCAGCACUGACGUUGCACUGAUUGAAAAUGGGGUACCGCGGAUACGGCGAGAGACCAAAGUCGCCGAUCUAGUUGUCAAGGCACCUUCUGUUGAUGUCCGUACCGUUGGAGCCGGUGGUGGCUCAAUCGCGAGGGUUCCUGAAAUAACGAAAGCUCUCAGGGUUGGUCCUGAGAGUGCUGGGGCAGUGCCAGGACCAGCAUGCUACGGCAAGGGUGGCUCUACGGCUACCGUUACUGAUGCAAACGCUGUGCUAGGAUACCUACCAAGAUCUCUCCUGGGAGGAACCUUCGAUCUGGAUCUGGAUGCAGCGAAAAGGGCUGUGCAGCAAGUUGCAGAUGGUCUAGGCAUUGGUUUGUAUGAAGCUGCAGAAGGCAUACUAAAGGUCUCGAAUGAGACUAUGUAUGGUGCACUCCGUCUGGUCUCCGUCGAACAAGGCUAUGACCCCAGAGACUUUAGCCUCGUUGCUUUUGGCGGCGCAGGACCCCUACAUGCGAAUUCUCUAGGAAAACUACUUGGCGCCUUUCCCGUCAUCAUACCACCGUCUCCCGGGGUACUCUGCGCUUUUGGUGACGCAAUGACUCUUCUUCGUCAUGAAGUUGGGAAAACCUUCAUUAGAGUCCUGCAGCAAACGGAUAAGCAGGAAAUCUUGGGUGCCUUCGAUGAGUUGCUUGGACAGGCUAAAGCUGUGAUGCGUGAUGAGCAGGGUGUGCCGGAAGAAAAACAGCUUCAUAAAUUCCAAGCGGAUCUACGCUACAAUGGACAGUCUAUCAAUAUCCCAGUCAACGUCGACCUCGAGAGUCUGCGGACAAUUGAGCUCCCAUAUCUACAGGAGCUCUUCGAAGCCGAACAUGUUAAACUCUUCACGUAUCGUUUAUCUUCAGAUGUCGAGCUUGUGAACCUGAGAGUAAUUGCAGAAGAGCUGAAGACUGACCUACCCAUCAAGAAGCUGGAGCACGCUACCUCUAUCAACCCUCCGUACUCUUCAGUCUCUUCGAAAACAAAUCUGAUUUUCGAAGGCAAAGAGUUUCUAGACAGUCCAAUUUGGGACCGAUUGAGUCUGAAGAAUGGUCAUGCCGUACUCGGCCCUUGCAUCAUCAGUGAGAUGGACUCGAACACUGUAGUCCUUCCAGGGUUUCGAGCCGAAGUCGAUCCCGUCGGAAACAUUCUAAUAUAUCAAGUGAGGGACAAGGAAGACCCUGAAAAUCCUGAUAUCAAGGAACUUGAUACUGUGACCGUCGAUAUCUUCGAGAAUGCCUUGCGUAACGCCCGCAAUGAGAUGGACACAUUGAUGACCAGGACAACCAUGAGUCCAGCCAUUCGAGAGCAGCAAGACGAGUUCAACGUCAUCGCCGAGCCCACAGGUAAGAUGGUUGUUGGUCAGUUUGGAUCAUUUAUUGGUCAAUUCUUGAAUGUGUGGAAAGAUACUAUUGGACCUGGAGACAUCUUCCUUACAAACGAUCCUUACUCUGUGUCUGGAGCUGUGUCGCACCACAACGACUGGCUUAUCCUGAUGCCAAUUCACGUGAACGAAAAAUUGAUUGCUUGGACAGCAAAUUUCGGCCACAUGACGGAUGUGGGCGGAAGCGUUCCGGGAUCUCUUCCAUGCGCAGCUAGUAGCAUCUUCGAGGAAGGCAUCCAGAUCCCCAUUACCAAAGUCGCUUCGAAAGGAGUCUGGAACGAGGACUUGAUGGAAGUCAUCUACAGAAAUGUCCGCCUUCCUGACUGGAAUCGUGGUGACGUUCGAGCACUUGUAGCUGCUUGUACCAUUGCUGGGAAACGCAUGACCGAACUCUACACGCGUUUCGGAGACACAGUCUAUUUCGCCGCCAUCGACGAGCUCCUUAGUCGUAACCGUAAAGCGGUCUCCUCCAUCAUUAAUACCUCCAUCGCCGACGAGCCCGCUUAUUUCGAAGACUGGAUCGAUGAUGACGGGCAAGGUGUUGGACCCUGGAAGUUAGCAUGCACUAUGUUUAAAAAGGACGGCCGACUGAUGUUCGAUUUCUCUGGGACCGACCCGCAGUCGCCAUCAUCGAUCAACUUCUACCUCAGUGUCAACAUGUUCAAAAUUUUUGUCGGCGUUUACCUCUUGGUCGUCUACGACUCUAGCGUUGUAGCUAAUGACGGUUUCCAUGACCUCAUAGAUGUCCACAUUCCAGAAGGCAGUCUUCUCAAACCAAUCCGGCCAGCCGCGGUGUCCUGUCGCACACAUUUCCUAGCUAGAGUGAUGGACGUCUUGUCCGCUCUUCUGGGCCAGAAAUCUCCGGAGUUCAUGACAGCUGCGGGGUUCAGUGACAGUCCUCAUCUGAUGUACUCGGGCUAUAGGCAGAGCGGAGAGUGGUUCCAACUUUACUGGAUUGGCUUCGGCGGCAUACCGGGGAGACCGAUUGGGGAUGGGCCUGAUGGACACUGUCUUUGGCCGGCGAUGAAGGCUAUACCGAACGAGUUUCUGGAGCUUUACUAUCCGCUGCGCAUUGAGGUCUUUGAUACUGUUGCAGAUUCUGGCGGACCUGGGCUGUAUCGUGGUGGGAAUGCACAGCGUAUCUUCUGGCGCUUCCUGGAAGAUGGAUUCAUCUCGAUUCAUGACGAUCGAUGGCUGUCUAAGCCGUGGGGUGUGCUGGGUGGUGAGCCGGGUGCACGGUCUACAAAGGUGCUGGUGAAAUAUUCGAAGGAUCAGGAGAACCCGCCCAGAGAAGCGCUGGGCAGUAAGCAAGACCGUAUUAAGGUAAGUAAUGGAGAUGUACUGGAGUGGAUUACUUGGGGUGGCGGCGGUUGGGGUGAUCCUCUUAAGCGCGACCCUGAGGCUGUGGCGCUGGAAGUCCGUCGCAGGCUCGUUACAGCUGAGGGUGCGAGGAGAUAUGGUGUCGUGUUGCAUGGGAACUGCACUGUGGAUGCAAAAGGCACGGCUAAUUUGAGGGAAGAGAUGAGAGUUGCACCUCUUCGUGAGAGGGGGAGAGAGGAGGUCUUCAAUCGCGGUGGGUCGUGGGAGGAGCUUCGAACUAAUUGUUUGGAGGAGACUGGACUGGCAGCUCCGAUACCGCCUUGGGAGGUGAACCUGAGGGGCCCGAUGACACAGUUGCCAUGGUUUAAGGAGUGGAAAGACAAGCAUAGUCACCAGGCGAGACGGCAACAGUCAAUAUGA